UACACACAUACACUCUUUCACCAUUUCAAUCAAUACCCACACGCCAAUCUCUGCAAAACCCACAAGUCUUCAACUUUCUCUGUCUACUAUGGCAUCAGAGCAAAACCCAUCUCCAGAUUUCCAUGAUUUCUUGCCCACCAUGGCAAACAAGCUUGGUGGAGAUGGUUUGAUUGAUGAAUUGUGUAAUGGGUUCAAUCUGCUGAUGGAUCCUGUUAAGGGCGUGAUCACUUUUGAUAGUCUGAAGAGGAACUCUGCAAUUUUGGGUCUUCAAGAUUUGAGUGAUGAAGAUUUACUGUGUAUGAUGAGGGAAGGAGAUUUUGAUGGCGAUGGAGCUCUCAAUCAGAUGGAGUUUUGUGUUUUGAUGUUUAGAUUGAGUCCUGAAUUGAUGGAGGAGUCUCAAUUUUUGUUAGAGGAGGCUCUUGUACAAGAUUUCAAUUAACAAUUUUUUUUUCGCUGUUAUUGACUUGUAUUUCAAUUUUAAUUUAUGGAUUUUUAUUGGUCAAUGGAGCAUUAUUUUCUCUUAGGCUCAUUGAUAUCUUCUUAAGUUUUGGGUAUCUUUACCAAACAAAUAAGAAGAAUGAAAUGGGUUAUUGGAUUAAA